CAGAGCAGCUCCAGCCAUGGGUGAAGAGGAAGCUGCUAACCGGACGGAGAAGGUUGCCCGGAUCCAAAGGGUGUUUAUCAACCUGUUGGACUCCUACAGCAGCAAAAACAUCGGGAAGUUUCUAUCUAACUGUGUAGUUGGGGCUUCCCUUGAAGAAAUGGCGGAAGAAGAGGAAGAAGAAGAUGAAAAUAAGUUAACUAUGCCAGAAGCUUCAUUAGCCAAAAUGAAAGAAGGCACAUUCCAGAUUGUGGGCACACUUUCCAACUCUGAAAGUGUUCGGCCAGACUUCGCCGUGGAGACUUACUCUAACAUCUCUCGAGAAGACCUUCUCCUGCGCCUGCUGGAGUGUGAUGUUAUCAUUUAUAACAUUACUGAGAACUCCCGGCAAGUAGAGGAAGCCACAUGGGCAGUCUCUGCACUAAAUGAAGAAGUUGUCCAUUUUGAAAAGCGAAAGGUGUUUAUUUUAGUAUCCACGGUGAUGACUUGGGCACGAUCCAAACCCCUGGACCCUGAUGAUACAGAAGUACCAUUUACUGAAGAGGAUUAUCGAAGAAGAAAGCCUCAUCCUAAUUUUAUGGACCACAUAAAUGCAGAAAAAAUGGUUCUUAAAUUUGGAAAAAGUACGAAAAAAUUUGCAACUUAUGUAAUUGCUGCUGGACUUCAGUAUGGAGCAGAAGGAGGUAUCUUGCACACUUUUUUUAAGAUGGCUUGGUUGGGUGAUAUGCCUGCGUUGCCUGUUUUUGGUGAUGGAACAAAUGUUAUUCCAGGAAUUCACGUUCUUGACCUAGCAGGAGUGAUACAAAAUGUGAUAGACCACAUGCCAAAGUAUCACUACCUGGUUGCUGUGGAUGAAUCUGUUCAGACCCUGGAAGACAUAGUCAAGUGUAUCAGUAAAAGUACCGGCCCUGGGAAAAUCCAGAAAUUACCCAAAGAAAAUGCUUCUCUAACCAAGGACUUAACACAAGACUGUCUUGACCAUUUACUGGUCAACUUAAGGAUGGAAGGAGUCUUUGUGAAGGAGAAUUUUAACAUUCGAUGGAUUGCCCAAACAGGAUUUGCAGACAAUAUCAACACUAUCCUCAAAGAAUACAAGCAAAGCAGAGGAUUACUGCCAGUCAAAAUCUGUAUUCUUGGUCCUCCGGCUGUGGGGAAAUCCAGUAUUUCUGCAGAACUGGCCAAGCACUACAAACUUCAUCACAUCAAACUGAAGGAUGUCAUUUCUGAAGCCAUAGCAAAACUGGAGUCAAUUGUUGCACCUAAGGAUAUAGGAGAAGAUGAGGAAGGUGAGGAAGAAGAGGAGGAGAAUGUGGAGGAUGCUCACGAGCUCCUAGAUGGCAUCAAGGACAGCAUGGAGCAGAAUGCAGGUCGAAUAGAAGAUCAAUAUUUAAUUAGAUUUGUUAAAGAAAAGCUAAAAUCAAUGCCUUGCAAGAAUCAAGGCUAUAUUUUGGAUGGAUUCCCCAAGACCUAUGAUCAAGCAAAAGAUCUUUUCAACCAAGAAGAUGAGGAGGAGGAGGAAGAAGUCAGAGGCAAAAUGUUUCCCUAUGAUAAAUUAAUUAUACCUGAAUUCAUCUGUGCACUGGAUGCUUCCGAUGAGUUUUUGAAGGAGCGGGUGAUAAAUCUUCCUGAGAGCUUCGUGGCAGGGACCCACUACAGCCAGGACAGAUUCCUCCGGGCUCUGAGCAACUACCGGGACAUCAAUACCGAAGAUGAGACUGUCUUUAAUUAUUUUGACGAAAUUGAAAUCCACCCGAUACAUAUUGAUGUAGGAAAACUUGAAGAUGCUCAGAAUAGACUUGCUAUCAAACAGCUCAUCAAAGAGAUUGGGGAACCUCGAAAUUAUGGUUUAACAGAUGAAGAAAAGGCAGAAGAGGAGCGAAAGGCUGCAGAGGAACGCCUAGCCAAGGAGGCUGCUGAGGAGGCAGAACGUGAACACAAUGAGGCUGUGGAGAUGGCGGAGAAGCUGGCUCGCUGGGAGGAGUGGAAUAAACGACUAGAGGAAGUGAAAAGAGAAGAAAGAGAAUUACUGGAGGCUCAGUCUAUUCCCCUGAGAAAUUAUUUAAUGACCCAUGUCAUGCCAACUCUAAUGCAGGGUCUGAAUGAGUGUUGUAAGGUCAGACCAGAGGAUCCCAUUGAUUUUCUGGCAGAGUAUCUCUUCAAGAACAAUCCUGAAAUGCAGUGAAACUUUAAAGAUCUUGUAUCAUUUAUCUUUACAGAACUAAAGAUCAACUUAAUGUUGUAAUGUGAGAAAUUACAUUUAAA